AUGAGAAUCUAUAUGAGUAAUGGGAAUAGGAUCAUUAAGAUUCAAAACUCAAGAGAACGGCAGAAAAACCAAUACUGGGAGGAAGACGCUGGAUUGUCUGCCCCAUUCCAACUUGAGGACCAACGCUUCUUCGUCCCGAUUCUUUCGGAUAAGAGAUCCAUCGAUCAGAAAAUCCGCAGCUUGAAGGAACGUACUGCCAAUGGACAAUUCAAAGGAAUCUUGUUCGGAAGAAAGAAGUAA